CUUCUCCAAGGAACAUGAAAAGAGGUGACGGUGGAGGCAGGAGGUGGGGCUUGAUUUGCAGCUCCUUCAAUUCAUUUAUAGCUCAAUGGGACUCGUUUUUCCAGUAGAUUUGGAGCUGGGGACACGAUCAGUGCAUGGCAAACCCCCAGGAAGUUUGACAUCAGAGCCAGUUGAAGAGCAGUGACGACCCAGGCAACGAUGAAGGUGUUUCUGUCUCUUCUGUUGGUUGCCUUCAUUUGCACAGAAUUUGCUCUCACCUUGCAGUGCUACACGUGCAAGAGCGAGACCCCCGUGGAGAAGUGUGUGACCAUCGAGAACUGCUCGGAGACCGAGCACAUGUGCAAGACCACCAUGUAUUCCCUGGAGGAGGUUUAUCCCUUCACUGGAGUCUCCACUGUCACCAAGAUGUGCUCAUCCGUGUGUGUCCCGUCGGACGUGGACGGGAUCGGGAUGACCCGCCCCGUGUCCUGCUGCUACUCCGACCUGUGCAACGCGGAUGGUGCCACAAGCCUGAGGAUCAACCUGGUGCCAGUGGGGCUGCUGGCAAGUUCCUUGUGUGUCUUCUUCUGGACUAGACCCUGAGGAGCUGAUGGGAAGUUCUUUCACUCUGGAGAACCCAAUGAAGGCGAGGAGAAACCCCCACCAGCCCAGCUUUCCCUUCGGAUGCUUCAUGAACAACCUCCAAUUCCAACCUUCAAAAAUCCAUUCUUUUUUAUUAUUAUUAUUAUUAUUCACCCCUUUCCCACGAUUAACAGAGGAGGAAAAACUCAGGAAGUCCCAACACAGUUUUUUAAUUUUAAUUUUUCAACCGCUCCCACAAAACCGGCUGUGGAGUUUCGUUGCUCUGCUGGGCUGGUUGGUUUGGAACUGAAAAAUUCCGCUGUGUGAAGUAUAUUUAAGGCAAAAAAAAAUAUUAUAAGAGCCUUUCAUGGCUCCUUAGAGCAGGUCUUCUCCACCCCAAAGCUUUGGGCUGAGUCUUUGUUCUCUCUAGGUCUUCUUUGUACCCAAGAAAUUAAGGAGACCCUUCUCUGUGUCCAAAAUAUGAGGCAGGAGAUUCAGCUUCCCAGGCCAAUGAUCUGAUCCAGGGAGGCCGAAAUCUCUCAUUUUCUGUACCCCUUCAAGCAGAAUAAAAAGAAUGUUGUGUUGAAAGUGUAUUGAUCCCAUUUAAUUGUGUUAUUUUCUGCCCAAACCCCAGUUCCAGCUUUCAGGAUUGUUUAUACAGGGAGAUGAGUGAGGUUUUGUGGUCGGUCUUGUAGGAGAUUUCCAAGACAUUUCCAAUUAUCCCUCAUUGGCAGUGGCCUUCCAUGAACAUUUCUUCCACCAACAUUUCUUCCACCAAUUCCACUGGAACAAAACUGUCUUGACUUGGAAUUUUGGGUGAUUUGUGUGAUGAUUUUGGCCUGAAUUUGGAAUUAAGUGUAAUUUUCCCCCUUUAUUUUAAUCCUCCAGAGCAUCACCUGAGUUCCUUGUGUGUUGGCCAAAGCUCCCACAUUUUGCUCCAUCCUGACCUGGUUCUGUGUUUUCCUA